AUGGGACUGCUGGCAAAGCUAAAAGCCACGAACAUAAGAAAAGAUGAGGGUGUGGUCGCAAGCGGGAGAAACUCCAUGGUUGAUAGUGGGAAGAAAAGAUAUACGUAUCCUGGGAGCAAAAACUUCCGGUCUGGAAAUCCUGCCAGAGACUUCUAUAUCGAGCAGGAAGCCCCACAUCAUAUUUGGAGACCAAAUGAGUACAUAUGUGGAGAAGCGGUGUUGGUGUUGAAAAAGGACGUGGAGAAUGUGGCGGUGACCUUCUCGCUGGUCGGGGAGGUCAAACUACGAGGUUUGGGACCCAGAACACGCUCAGAAAAGCUUUUUCAAAAGUCAACCACCGUUUACGGGGAAAACGAAAAAACGGCUUUAGAGGACAAAGAUGCUGUGGUAAAUGGACUCACAAAGGGAGAGCAUCGGUUUCCUUUCAGACUCAAAGUUCCGUCGAAAUGCAUUUUCACUUCUAUAAAGUUCGAAAAGGGUUCGAUCUCCUACUACAUGCAGUGCACCUUGAAACCACUAAACAGUGACCGUUCUGACGAGGUCAUGGCAACCUGCGAAAGAAGCAUAUCUGUCAUGGUCCCACUUGACGUGGGGCGGCUUCCGAAGCCGAAGACCAAAACCGUGGUGUUGCAAUCGCCCUCUAGUCUGAAGCAAAAUGCAGCCGAUCAAGACAGCAGUUCGGGACUCACACGUCGCACCGGUGGCUCCAAACAAUCUGAGUCCACGAUGGUAACGACGGGCUCCAACACCAAGACUGUGACUAUAAACGUCGAUCUCCCGGCGUCCGGUUACGUCGUGGGCGAGGUGAUUCCAGUUCAGCUGCAUUUGACCCAUUAUCGAGAAUACUCGCACUCCAUGGGGAUCAUAGCCACUUUGGUUCGAAUUUGUCGGGUUGAAGACAUAUCCAAGGACAACGUUAUUGAAACUUUCCGCAAGGACAUGUGCCAGACCGUAUCCCCCGUUUACGUGGACCCAGAAACUCUAGAAUGCACAACGACAGUGUAUCUCAAAGUUCCGUUAGAUGCUUUCCCCACGCUGCGGCUACCCAACAGACGUUUCUCGUUUCAAUACUACGUUGAAGUUUUGGUCAACCUUUCCCGCAAAAACCUUGCCUACACGGAGUCCAACCGUGUUGUAGACCCCACAUCGAGUUCCCAAGGUUCCAGUCAUCCGUCAAAAUCGAUAGAAGAGACGUUAUCGGCUUUACAGCGCUCAAUCAAAGCUGGGUCUGGCACAGACGGGUUCCACGAUGACGAUCGCGAAUCCAUGAUUUUUUUCAAAGAUUUGAUAAAUGUCGAUAAGCUCAAGAGACUGCGCAACGUUACUGGGAUGUCGAUAGAAAUCGUGGUCGGCACCAUCAAGACCGCAAGGUCUCCCGAUAUUGCCAUCCCAGAACCCACUCUGGAGCAAAAUCAAAAUGUUGCGAGAAUUACGAACGAGCAUUCUCCGGUCAAUUCUUCCAACUCCCAAGAAACGUCCCAUUCAGAGGCGCAAGACUACACGUAUACAUCCAUGAAGCGGCAAGCGCUCUCCACAGACACCAGCUAUCUUUUUGAAUAUGAUGAGAAGUCUACUAUGCCAUUGCCCGAAUACACUCCAAAUUCGUUAUUUGAAGUGGCCGAAGACAAGGAUGAGUUGGAGCUACAAAGGCUGAAAGAGCUGGAAAGUGAACCAUCAAUGGCACUUUAG